UGAUAAGCUUGACUCCGGUCCCGCUGCUGAGGCGCCGCGGUCGUCCCGUUAUCUGCCAGUUGCAAAUGCCUGCGGGAGUUUGGUACAUCGUCAAAGGAUGAGGCGUAAGAGAAAAGAAGACGACGAUAAUCCAACAACUCUAAUGAUAGUCAGCUGCGGGAUGUGGAAAAUGUUGUUGUUACCAAAAUGGUGGAUUUUUAUCGUUUUUCUGACAGAUGUCCUCCCUCCCCGUUGUUCAGGGGUUCAUGUGUUUGUGAGAGAUGAGAAGAGGUAUGCAGUGCUGUUUCAGUCAGUGGUCCUACCAUGUCAGUACAAUAGCGUGUCCACCCAGACCCCCGUGGUGCAGUGGGUCUACAAGUCUUACUGCCGCGACCGCACACGGGAUUCGUUCAGCUUUCCCGACAGCUUGGGUGGAGGCCUUGGGGGAGGCGGGCUUACAGGCGGAACUGGAGGAAGUGCUGGAGGGUAUGAGACGGGAUUGGCGGCAAGCUACCUCGACUGCGCUGACAGCAGCCGGACAGUCCGAACUGUGGCCUCCAUCUCUGGUUCCUCAGUCACACUUUCAGAGUACUACAAGAACAGAGACAUCUCCAUCAUCAACAAGGCAGACCUGCGCAUAGGGGAGGUCCAGUGGGGAGACAGUGGAGUUUACAUCUGUAAAGUGGUUAUAGCUGAUGAUUUGGAGGGUCAGAACGAAGCAUCUGUGGAGCUGCUGGUUCUUGGUUUCUCAGGUGUGCCUGAAGAUCUCCUGCCAGACUUUGAUUUGAAGAUUAUGCCAGAGUGGGUGUUUGUGGCAGCAGUGGCACUCGGCAGUGUCUUAUUCCUGCUGUUGGUUGGGGUUUGUUGGUGUCAGUGCUGUCCUCACUCCUGCUGCUGCUAUGUUAGCUGCUGGUGCUGCCCCGACACCUGCUGCUGCCCGAGACACCUAUAUGAGGCUGGUAAGGGUAUAAAGACGGGCACCUCCACCCCUCAAACACCUGCCUACCCUCCAUACUUUGUCACUGGUGUCCCGACGAUGGUCCCCAUCGCCCCCCCUUCCCUGGUGGACAAGAUGUCUUCUGUUCCCCCUUCGGAUGGCAGCCUGCUCACUGCAGUGCCCAUGCAUGCUGUAGGGGUUCCCUAUCGUGUGCCUUCACCUCAGGAUCAGGACUCUCUCAGGGUGCUACAGUAUGUUGAGAAACAACUGGCUCACUUCAACCCUGCCAGGUCCAUCAGCCACCAGUCCUGCAGCUUGUCCGAGCUGAGCUCCCUCCACGAGGGAGAGACCGGCUUCCGCCAAACUUACCGAAACGUCCAGAAGAAAGCUCUGCCCGCCAUUCCCGACCACGACCCUCAGCCUGAACCCCAACGCUGUCGUGACAGCCGUAGCCCAGAGCCACAGCGUUACCGUGACCACCCGCCUUCACCGCAACGAUAUCUUGAUGACCAUGAUUCAGAGCCCCACCGCCAGGAUGAGCCCCUUCUUCCACGGCGGUACAGUGAUGACCCUCCAUCUUCCUCACAGCCGCGCAGACUUGGCCGAAAUCAACGGCAACAGAAUCACGACGAGGAGGAAAACCACAACAGGUGGAAUCCUCGUUCAGAACAUCUGCAGAGAAAGACAUACCGUACAGCAGGACGAACCGGCUCACUAGAUGAGCUGGAGGAGUUUGCUGCGUCUUACAAGCAUAAAGGAGGAAGAGGAGCAGAGAACAGGGAAGAAGAACGGCGAGACUAUGAGAUGGAGCUUCUGGCGUUCAGUCGAUAUCCUUCCCAACGGAAUGGUCCACCUCAGCAUUAUUACAAUGAUGAACAUGAGCUUGCAGACAGCAGUGAUCGUGAAGAUCAUCCGAGAAGAAACAAGAAAAACGGGCAUAUCAUAAGUCCACUUCAUUCACCCAAAAAGAGGAGGGGCACUUGGGACAGCGAGCGCCCUGUCCCACCUCCUCCCAGAGUCAGUCCACCAUCAACUUCUUCUCGAGAGAAGGACUACGAUAGCACGUUCCUGAACAGCCUGCUCGAGCGUAAGGCUAAGCUGCGAGGGGUCAGCCAGGGCAAGAGCGGGACCCGUGGUGAGGGAGAUUCAGACACACCCUCAAAGGGCAGCUCAAAAAAGAGCAGCGGGGAAUCCAGUCGGCACUGCAGCCGCUCUCCCAGUAACAGGCCGGAGGCAGAUUCACUGCCUCCUUACUCAGACACAGAACGAAGCAGAACUGACCGGCCAUCUCCACGGCCGAUCCCAGCAGACACGCGCUCCUCUCAGCCUCCUGCCCAUUCCCUGUCCGGGCGCCGAGAGGAGCCCAGAGACAAGAGCCGCAAAGUGAGCACUCUUCUCAGUCGGGAUUCCCUCAUUGUCUGAGAGAGAGAGGUCGAACACUACUGACUACUACGUGUCAGCUGAUCAAAGAAAAGACUUGGAACGUGCUAAUGUGAAAAAUACAACGGACCGUGAAGGAAAGCCGGGUGAAGAAACGGACCACAGACACACUCUAACUGUGGAGACUGUUACUGGGGUUUCUGCCUGUGACGUCGCUGGAAGAUAAAGUCAUCGCUGUUCCGUUUCUGCCACCAGCUGCGUCGUAUGCGUCUCGGCUGGACUAACACUGAACUAACCCGGGCUGCGUGUACGACCUGGACUGUCUCUGUCCGCGGGACACGGUCCGUCUCCUCUUAUCUCUUUAGAAAAAGGCUCCGAAACAGGGAGACUGUCUUUGCGCUUGAACACAAUGAGUGCAUUCAUUCUCAUUUGAUGAGAUAUCUACACUUAAAAAGCUCCGUUGUAGAGUAGGAGGAUUAUGACAACACCGUUAUUGUAAAGCACAUGUUGAAGCUUGAGUGGCUUUACAUUACAAACGCUGUCUCAUGCAGUAACACAUUCAGGGACUAAAGCGAUACUAAUACUGCAAACUGCCGUGGUACGGACGCAGUAUGACCCUCAUUUGCAGCACUGCUUUAAAUACUUCUAAUUCACAGUCCUUAUUCACAACGAAGUUUUAUAAUAUUGUUUUAUCUGUAUGUCACUGUGUUUCAUAUUUUAUUAAAACUGUUAGUUUGCACAAGGUAGCUCUUUUUUCCAAGGGACUAAAACCUGAUGAACCUUUGUGUUUCUUCAUAAACAUUGAAGUUAUUUAACAGCCAACAGCCUUUAAAGGAACAGCAUGAAGACAUUUUACAUGUAAACUCUGUUUAUGCGUGAUAUGACUUUUGUAAUUUGUAAAUGACUGUGUUUGUCUAAGGUUUCCAGUGUGACUGUGUACAUAAGAUGAAGUGUAUUUGAUCUGAUUACUGUAAUCCAGCCUUUUCUUACCACUGCUGAGUCAACAGCUAACCCAGCACCUAAGUGUGUUAUCAGCAGUCACACACAUACACACGACACACGUCAGCUUGCUGAUUUUCUGUCGGUCAUUUUACUUCUUCUAACAUAGCACCAUGCAGUAUUUCAUCACUCCUGCUGCCUCCAUGUUGUCUCAGCUCAUCUUAAGAAAAGUCUAAUGUCAGUAUUUAAUUUUCUUCCUUUGUGUUUUUUUUUCUGCUGUCAGGUACUGACAGGUGUGUGUGUGUGUGUGAGAGAGAGAGAGAGAGAGCAAUGACUCUACUUUUCUGUAAAGGAGACAAAGUGUAAUUGAGUAUGACUCAUGUCGUUGUCCAUUGUUGUAAUCACAGCCUGUCUGUCUCUACUGCACAGCUGUGUCAGAGCUCACACAUCAGCUCUGCCAGCUCAGCCACAGAUAUGUGUGGCCCAGUUUUUUGUUAUCCACAUAAAUAAUUUGCUCAUAAA